GAUUCCGGAAGUGUCUGCUGGGCGGAGAAGGGCAUGGCCAAGGGUCCGUCUUGGGACACGAGUCUCGCUGCCGCUGUCCCAAUGCCGCCCCGUGCUGCCCUCUGACGGCGCAGAAUCCGGGUUGGGAGGAAGAUGAGGCGGGUGACCGUCUUCCCCAAUGGCUGCAGGAGGAAUGGAAAGGUGGUGGCUGUCUAUGGCUCGCUGUCCGAUCUGCUGUCCCUCGCCGGUACAAAGCUGGGAUUUAAGGCCUUGGCAAUCUACAAUGCCACUGGCGGGCUGAUUGAUGACGUCUGCCUGAUCAGGGAAGACGAUGUGCUGUUUGUUUCUGCAGGCGAAUCGUUUGUAGAUCCACAGUUUGCCUCCAUCUCGGAGGAACCCGGCCAGAACUCCUUCGCCGAUUGGUUGACUCUCAAUGUUGGAGGUCGUCACUUCACUACGACCAGAGGUACGCUGGUGAACAAAGACCCGAACUGCAUGCUCGCAAAGAUGUUUGACAGACGAGAGGGCUGGAGCAACACGCGGGAUCCCGAGGGAGCGUACCUCAUCGACAGGAGCCCCGAGUACUUUGAGCCGGUCAUCAACUUCCUCCGCCACGGCACGGUCAUCGUGAACGACGGGCUCAACCUGCAGGGGGUCCUGGAGGAGGCGAAGUUUUUCGGGAUCUCCCCGCUCAUCGAGCAAAUGGAGCAGCUGAUGAAGAACAAGCAACCUGCCGAAGACCACACGCCAAUCUCCCGGAAAGAGUUCAUCCGCUUCCUCCUGGCCACGCCCACCAGCUGUGAACUGCGCUGCCAGGGCCUCAACUUCAGCGGCGCCGACCUCUCCCGCCUGGAUCUCCGCUACAUCAACUUCAAAAUGGCCGCGCUCAGCAGGUGCAACCUCUCGCAGGCGAACCUGUCCAGCGCGAACCUGGAGCGAGCCGACCUCUCCGGAGCCGUGCUGGACGGAGCCAACCUACAGGGAGUGAAGAUGCUCUGCGCCAACAUGGAGGGCGCGUCGCUCAGAGGGUGCAACUUUGAGGAGCCCACAGGACUGAAGGCAAACUUGGAAGGAGCGAACCUGAAGGGCGUGGACAUGGAGGGCAGCCAGAUGACGGGUGUGAACCUGCGCGUGGCCACGCUCAAGAACGCCAAGCUCAAGAAUUGCAACCUGCGCGGGGCCACGCUCGCGGGCACCGAUCUCGAGAACUGCGACCUGUCGGGCUGCGACCUGCAGGAAGCGAACCUCCGCGGCUCCAACGUGAAGGGCGCCAUCUUCGAGGAGAUGCUCACGCCGCUGCACAUGUCGCAGAGUGUCAGGUGACCGCCUCGCGUCCGAGCGGGGCGCGCUUAGCCACGCCGGGCCGGCGAGCUCAGGCCUGCCGCCCAAAGGGGACGGGGUUGGGUGGGGGGGGGC